AAGAUUAUUUCAAAACCCUAGCUCGCUCCGCACGGAUGCGACGGCGAAGGCGGCGGCGCCAGGGGUCGGAGUCACGAUCUCGCAUUGCUCUCCAAUGCGAAUGCCGCGGGGUAUGUCCAGGGAUUGAGCGGUAUGUCUCGGUGUCUCGGCAGCAUAAGCUCGAUUCGUCGUUGCUAGCCUAGCGUAGCAAGGAUUUUCCAGGAGAAUCGAGGCAGCAAUGCUUCGCUUAGAAAUUUAGUCGCAUUCGGGGCCGGACCACCGAGCAGAGAUUUGGACGGAAACAAUGUCAGGGCGGCAUUUUUCUGAGAAGCUGACGAGCGUAGCUCAGUCUGCUCGCCAGGUGAAGUUCGAGCACGACAGCUUCUCGCAACUGGCUGGGUAUUUGGAAAAGCUGGUUCCAAUUGCCCUCGAGCUACAGCAAGGGAGCAAGCAUGACGACUUGGUCCAGGUGCUCGAAAAGGAUCUGGAGUCCGCCACUGAUCUCAUCAGCCUGUGUAACAACAAGAGCCAGAUGUACUUGCUCACGCACUGUAGAAGCGUGGUAAGGCAGCUAGAAAGUGUCACUCACGACAUGGGGAAAAGCCUGGAGCUUGUUCCUGUGGCCUCAUUGCCUGGGACGGACGAGACAAAGAAGAUGGUCGGGAACCUUUCGCAGGAGAUGCAGCGGAUACGGUUCCAGGUGAAGGAGUCCGAGGACCGGAUUUGCCGUGCUCUAGAAAGGGAGACGAGCAGCAUUCGAAGUGAUCUCGCCCUCCAAAACAGCUUGCUGGUGGACAUUGCGCGGACUGUUGGUGUGGAGGACUUUUCGAAUAACCCGCACGCACUCAAGAACCACAUUGAUCUGUUGAAGAAGGACAUCCAGGGGCCGGACGACCUUCACAUGUCCAACUUGAUCGCUGUCAUGUUUGAUAACGUUGUCAAGAGACAUCAUGGACGCAGCAGCGGUAACUACCACGAGUCUCGGCAGCGGCGACGUUACGAGGAUCCUUACGAGGCGUUUCUCUGCCCGUUGACUGGGAGAGUGAUGUCGGAUCCAGUGACGAUUGUCGAGACGGGGAAAACAUACGAGCGGAAGGCCAUCGAGGCCUUUUUCGCGAACUGCCAAGACAACAAGAAGCCUGCCAUCUGCCCUCAGACAUCAAAGAAGCUGCAAAGUCUGGACUUGAAGGCCAGCAUCGCGAUAAGAAACGCGAUUGAGGAAUGGCAUGCCAGGAAUGAGUCAACUCGUAUUGAAAAUGCUGUUCCAAUGCUGGACGCAGGAAGUCCAGAAGCGGAUAUGAUUGAGGCUAUGGAGGACAUACAGGAGCUUUGUCGUCGCAAUCGGCACAUCAAGGCGAAAGUUAGAAAUGAAGGACUGAUACCGAUUCUCGUGGAUCGUCUCAAGAAUGGGGAGGAAGUUCGAUGCAAGGCACUCCAGACUCUAAGAGUUCUUGCCGAGGAUGAUGAUGAUAUCAAGGAAGCGAUUGGGCAAACAACUGCUGUCUGGAGUGCUGUCAAAUGCUUGUCUCGCGAGUUAUCACGUGAACGAGAAGAAGCCGUGUCAUUGCUGCUGGAACUCUCAAAGUCAUACACGCUAUGCGAGAAAAUUGGAGCUUCUAGUGGAGCAAUACUGAUACUCGUCGGAAUGACAAGCAGCAAGUCCGAAAAUGUGCUGUCAGCCCAAAGAGCGGACGACACACUUAACAACCUUGAAAUGUGCGAUGCGAACGUACGGCAAAUGGCGGAGAAUGGACGACUUAAGCCCUUGAUUACACGUCUCUUAGAGGGUCCGGAUGAACUGAGAGUACAAAUGGCUAGUUAUAUCGCGGACAUAGCACUUAACAGCGAGGGAAAGGAGAGGCUUGCUGAGUCGGGAAGCAACGUUUUGAUAGAGAUGCUAGAGAGUAACAAGGCUGGCUAUCGAGAGGUAUCGUUGAAAGCUUUGCGAGCGCUUUCAACUCUUGACAGCAACGGUUGUUUGUUGAUUAAAGCCGGCAUACUGCCACCGUUGCUGAGGGACCUCUUCAUGUCGGGAAUAAGUCAGGUUCCAAAGUUGAAAGAGGUCGCCGCCACGGUACUGGCCAACGUAGUAAACUCAUGCACAGAUUGGGAGGAUGUGGCAGUAGACAACGAGGGCAACACGUUAACAUCAGAGCAGUACGUUCACAACUUGCUACUUCUCAUCAGCAACACGGGUCCAGCAAUAGGAGCAAAGCUUCUUCAAGUUCUUCUCGGGUUGGCCUCUUCGCCCCGCGGUGUCUCGGACGUCGUCUCCCACAUCAAGAGUGCCGGUGCUCUGGUAACUCUCAUCCAGUUCCUGGAAGCGCAGCAGAAAGAGCUACUCGUUACGUCGGUCAGGCUGCUGUACUGCCUCUCUCCAUACAUGGGACAGGAUCUAGCGGACGGUUUACGAAUAACAACUCGGCAGCUGGGGACGCUCGUCAAGUUACUGGGACAGAGCGGAGUGAACGUGGAAAUGGCAGCGGCCGCGGGGCUUUUAGCAAACCUCCCAGUCACGGACUACAAUCUUACUCGGGCACUCAUGGAGGAAGGAGUCGUCUCCAUUCUCCUCAGCCGGAUCAACGAUCUCAAGCGCGGGGUGGUGAGAAUCGGAGCCGGGAAGUACGUGGGACCGUUCCAGUCGGGUCUCGUCACCAUUCUGGCGAGGUUCACGUACGACUUGGACGACCCCGACAUGCUCAACAUUGCCACGGACAACAACCUGUGCGCGCUGUUCACGUCCUUGCUCCAGACGGUCUCCCUGGACGAAGUCCAGCGCUGGUCGGCCAUAGCUCUCGAGAACAUGUCCAUGAAGUCGAAGCACUUCUCGGAGGUUCCGGAGCCUCCGGCUCAAGCAGGCGGGUGGUGGACCUGCUUCAAGAAGCCUAGCAGGCAACCGGCGGCGGGGCUCUGUCCAGUCCACUCGGGCCGGUGCUCCGCCAAAAGCACGUUUUGCUUGGUCGAGGCCGGGGCCGUGGAUCCUCUGGUGGCGUGCCUGGAGCACAGGGACACGGACAUCGUGGAGGCGACGCUCCAGGCGCUGUCGACGCUCAUCCAGGAGCCUUGCGACGUCGAGCGAGGCGUCCAGGUGCUGAGCAAUGCGGGGGCCAUCCCGCCGGUGAUGGCCAUCCUCCAGGAGCACCGGACCGAGGGGCUGAGGGAGCGAUCGGUGUGGAUCCUGGAGAGAGUUCUCCGCAGCGCGGAGGCGGCGCAGACCAUCGCUGGGAGCGGCGACGUGCACAGCUCGCUGGUGGACGCGUUCCGCCAUGGCAACUACAGGUCGAGGCAGCUGGCGGAGAAGUCUCUCAAGCACCUCAACAGGAUUCCAAACUUCUCGGGGGUGUUCCAACCGGUUGGGAGGCGAUGAUCGACGUUGAUGUGUACCAUAGCGUUGGAUGGCAUGGGAGAAGAAUUUUUAAAGAAAAAAAGAGCCAUACUGUGAGUAAACUUUGAAUUUUGUUUUCAUUUUUUCUUUCUUUUUACAUUGGAUUUUUCUUUCGAAGUAUAAAGGGUCUGCUU